AUGGAAGACGAAAGCUACAAUGAAGAAGAAGCCGGCGAGAAGUUUACUGAAGAGAAAGAUUACUACGAUGAAGAGGACCAAUCCAAAUAUGAAUCAACGAUUUCGUUGGACGAGGCCGAGCGUGAUGCACGCGUGUUGACACACGCCGAGGCCGGUGAGUGUCUUCACAACUUAGGAAAAUGUAUCACGCAGUACGAAUACGCCUAUCUCAGUCUGGACGCCUCGGACAGAGACCUUACGGAUAUCAGCGUGAUAGCGUCCUUCAAACACGUUCGUUACGUGAACGUAUCGGGAAACAGAUUGACGUCAGAAGCACUGCGUGCACUCGAGAUGAUACCAUAUCUGCAGACACUGCGAGCGGACCGAAAUCGUCUGACCAGCGCGGAGUUAAAGCCGAUGUCCUACCUACAGGAGCUCGCUCUGAACUGGAAUAAGCUGACGGAUACGUCCGACAUUUGUCAUAAAUUGCUCGAGCGUCUAGAGUUGAAUCACAACGAUAUUCGUACAGUGAAUAUGGAUCCUCAGAUCCUUGAGAACUUGAGGACUUUGGAGCUACGCGGAAACGCACUCGUUAGUACUACAGGAAUCCGCUGUUCUAAUCUAACGCGGCUCUUUCUGGCCGAGAACCAAAUCGAGAAGAUCGAAGAUCUCGGAGUCCUCAUGAAUCUGAUGACGUUACACUUGCGAAGUAACAAACUCGCGAAUCUAGAUGGUUUCACUGAGCGAUGUCGCAACUUGAAAUAUGUGAAUCUGCGCGACAACGAGCUUUUGAGAAUUUCAGAGCUGAGGAAGUUAGAUUGUCUACCAAAUCUGGAAACGCUUAUCGUCCUGGGAAAUCCUCUUCUGAAAGAAGAAAAAGAAGAGAAGGAAUACAGGCGAAUCAUUCUGGCAAUGCUUCCGAAAUUGAAGAGAAUCGAUAAAGAUCCUGUUCUAGAUCAAGAAAGAAACGAGGCAAAUGAGUUGCUUAAAAAAAUACCAACGAACGAAUCCAAGUUUGAUGACUUCGAUUUGAGAAAUUAA